UAUGGGGUACAUCUGUUUUCGCCAUUCCAGCCAUUUGUUUUGUCGAACUGCGGCUGCGCAUUGUCGUUUGAGUCGCAUAAUGAUGACGUCCACGGAGAGGCGGUGUUGGUUUGCCACGUCGGUCUCUACAUUUACACUGUUGAUCCUACAGCCCAGGUCUAACUUUUAAACCCGUUUUAUGGUUGUAGUUGGAGACAAAGCUAUCCCUCAGCAUUGCCGGUAUUGUCGUAACUCACCGCCACAUCAUUGGAGUCGGAGAUAUUGAAGCUGUAAGGCUUGAGAAAUGCUUGGUGCUGUGUGGACUCGUCUCACAUCGUCUGACUGAUGCAUCCUUGUUCGUCGCACCAAACGUAUGUUAUCCAUGUUGCUGGCCUUUCUGUACAUGGUGGCUCAUUGAGAAGAAGGGGGGCAAUCCAAGCAGCUCUUGGUUGGUGGGUGGCGUCUGUGGUUACCUCGGUAACUGGCGACCAUGCCAGGAGGUCGCAGGGGUCCCAGCAGACAGCAGCUAAGUCGCUCUGCUCUGCCAUCCCUGCAGACUCUGGUUGGAGGCAACCUCGGCAAUGGUACAGGCCUCAGAAACAGGAGCAGUAACUCUGUAGGUCUGUCUACGCCGCCACUCUCUGCCUUCAUUACUCCGGAGCCGGUCCGCCACUCGAGGAUCCCAGAGCUGCCAUUAGACAGCAGCCUGCUGUUUGAAUUCCUGCUCUUUCUUUAUUUGCUGGUGGCCAUGUUCGUCCAGUACAUCAACAUCUACAGGACGGUGUGGUGGUACCCAUACAGCCACCCUGCUACCUCUACCUCUCUUAACUUUCAUCUAAUGGACUACCAUCUGGCUAUCUUCAUCACAGUCAUGUUGGCCAGGAGGCUUGUUUGGACUAUAGUUUCAGAGGUGUCUCAGAGCAACGGCGGAUCACUGCUCCGCUAUGUGACUCUGAUCACAGCUCGGCUCUGCCUGCUGACUAUGUGUGGCUGGGUCCUGUGCUGGACGCUGGUCAACCUCUGCAAGAACCACUCUGUGCUCAACCUCCUCUUCCUGGGAUACCCAUUUGGUGUGUACGUCCCGCUCUGCUGUUUCCAUCAGGAGGGAGGGAAAAGCCAAGCGGUAUCGGCUGACUGCAGUUAUGCAUCUGACCACCAGCAGGCCGACCUAACAGAGACCCCGUUCUUUCGACCACGUGACUUCCUCUUUCUGUUACGAGAGAACCUCCGAGAGCAGUUUUCCAGCCCUCCGCACAUGCCCACUCACACCUGCCCACCACACACACACACGCACACACCAGAGCUGAUUCGAGCUGAGGUAGAGGAGCUAAAGGGUGACUUCAAUCGGCGAAUCAAGGAAGUGCUGUUCAACUCAUUGUUCAGUGCGUACUACGUAGCCUUCCUGCCUCUCUGCUUUGUCAAGAGCACCCAGUACUAUGACAUGCGCUGGUCAUGCGAGCAUCUGAUCAUGGUGUGGAUCAAUGCGUUUGUGAUGCUGAUGAGUCAGCUGCUGCCCCCCAGCUACUGCGACCUACUUCAUCGCUCGGCGGCUCACUUGGGCCGUUGGCAGAAACUGGAGCAUGGCUCGUACAGCAACGCACCUCAGCAUGUGUGGUCAGAAAGCACCAUUUGGCCUCAGGGGGUGUUGGUACGACAUAGUCGAAGUCUGUAUAAGGCAGUCGGACCCUAUAAUGUCGCUCUGCCCUCUGAUGUUUCCCAUGCGAGGUUUUAUUUCCUGUUCCACAAGCCAUUGCGGAUCCUGAACCUGCUGAUCUGGAUCGAGUCCAGUGUAGUUUUGUACCAGUUAUACUCUCUUUUGCGCUCUGAGCGCUGGAACCACACUUUGUCUCUAGGCCUGAUUCUCUUCUGCAACUACUAUGUCCUUUUUAAACUGCUCAGAGACCGCAUUGUGCUUGGCAGAGCCUACUCCUACCCUCUGUCCUCCAACAGCUUGGGGCUCAAGUCACAGUAAAAGGCUCCACAGCUGCAAACUCUGGAUGUGGAGUAGAGAUGGGUGGAGGUCUGGUGAAGUGGAAGGGCGGAGGGUUGCUUAUUGCUCGUGUUUGGAGGUUAAGAGACAGACUGAACUCAUAAUUGUGUUUUGAUACGGUUCUAUUUUUAAUGCAAUGUUUAUAUAUACCUAUUUAAAAGAAUAUUUUUAUUUUGUAUACUAUUUCAAGUUUUGCCGGGCAUUACCACGCUGAAGACAUUAGCAUGUUGAGUUAUGUUGUUGCCAGGCGAUAACUUUCACCAAAGAUAUUUUAAGUGCAGGUGGCUGAUCACAGAGCUGACUUGGCCUUGAUGGUCACUUAAACAAGAUGGGCAGUGGGAGGAAACAUGCCAGAAAUCCUGAAACCUGAUUUGGCUUAUAUCGGCUUCUACCUUGAGGCUCACCAGUCUUACAUUUGAAACCAUUUAUUGUUUUGGUUAACAGGAUGAUUUAAUCAUUUUAGCAUUGCUGGAGCAAUUUGUUGGCGUUUUUGCUGUCAUCGGUCCUGAGGGAAUAGUUCAAUGUUUGGGUGUCUCCACUUUUGGAUGGAGAGUUAAAUGAGAGGAUCGAUGACCCCUCUUAUGUUCGUACAGUAAAUGCUUUGUUAAAUUAGAAGAAAAAAAAAGUAUAAAAACAAUUGUUUGAGAUGUUACAGAGCAUUAUGUGCUGAGUUUUUUCGUAUAGAGCAUAUUUUUGAAUGACCAAGAUAUGGUGCAGCACAUAACCCAGCAUAACAGCAAAUUGUUUGUACACUUUUGUUUUUAUAGGUUUAGACAAAUUGAGAUUAGUUUGUUAAAGAGUACAGGCCGAUUUUGUACCAUUGUGGCAUAGCCAGGGUGGCCGUCCAACCAUUUCCAGUCUUUAUGCUAAGCUAAGCUAACCGGCUGCUGGCUGUUACUUCGUAUUUACCCUACGGACAUGACAGUGGUAUUGAUCUUCUCUAACUGUACCAGAAUGUGAAUUACCCCGAAUAGCCAACUACUCCUUAAAGCAGAUCCUUAUUGAGGACUUUUUCCACAAAAUCAGAUAAAACUUUGACUUGAGAUCAGUCCGUAUAAAAUUACCUUGGGUACUCCUUUCCACUGCCUCUGCAGAGAAUGCUGUAUACUUCCUCAUUCACCUUGUUACUGUGUUUUUACUAUCGGUAUCUGCUUGUUUCACAUCACUGGGUAUCUGGAGCGGCAGUUAAAUCCCCACUCUUUACAAACUUAAAGGAAGCUGCCACAAGUGAGAAGAGAUUGAGAUACUAUUGGCAUCCCUAAACUCCAAGCACACCCAAAAAAAAGUCAAAACAUGCUUUGACAGUGGGUGUUUUUAUUUUGUCAUCCAGCCCUGCCUGCCUGUCUUGGUUGCAGUUACUUAAACACUGUAAUGUUUGAAGGGCUGCUGCUGUUACCAGGCGGUAAUUAGAGUCAAAACCUUUACUGAUGUCUGACCACAUUUUGACAUGCUGAGAUCUUCUUUGUGUUCCAUAACACAUCAGGUUCAUCCCUUUGUGGACUGGAUACAGAUAACAGAAAGAAUGUGGCUAAUAAUAAAGGUUUAUGUUGGCAUGUCACAGGAUCUAAGCUCUCUCCCACUGAAACUGUGUCAUUGCCAUCGUGCUCCUACAUAGAUUUGAUAUCAGGGGAUGUUUAAUAAUGAGUGUUUAAUUGGUUAUGAAUGCAAAGUCAUUGUAGACAGCUGGAGGGGAAAGACUGGACAUGUACCUCAUUACCAGUUCUUGUAUUCUCAGUUACCGAAAUGGUAUUACAAACAGGUUGCCUUGCG